GAAUCGAAAUCGGGUUGCAUGUCGACCCAUCGAGAAAUCUCGCGCUAAUGGCAGUUCCUGUACGGUUCCGAAUUUCUGUCGUUGAUACUUUUACGAUACGGCCUUUCGCUUUUUCUUUCUCUCUUCAUUCGUAACGAUGCGGUUCCCAUUUUAUUUCGUCGCUGGAAUUCAUAGCAUGGCCAGGAACGUAAACAGAUUAGUUUAACGACCCCUUUGGAAUCCACGAUGCAAUCGCGGAUCGGUUUAGAAUAUAAUAUAUGUACGUAUCUCUGCGCUUUCUAGGACAGGCAGAAUCCACGUGGAACGCUGCGUGAAACAAACAGUGAAGAAUCGGAUGAAAUUAUGGACGAUUAGGCUAUUAGGCGAUCUCGAUUGCCGGCUACCAUCCUCUCUACCUGUCUUCCUGCUUUCUUGUUAGUUCCCUUUGGAAUCGUUGCACGCGCAUAAAUUUCCACCCACGCCUCCCACCGAGUUGACCAAUUUGUCCGAGGAAUAAUUUUAGGUUUCUCUUCCAACUCCUUUCUAACUGCCUCCGGUUCCACACGCAAUAGUUUAUCAUGGCAAGAAUCAAAGAAGAAAUAGAGAUAUUCAAACGAAAAUACUGGAACGAUAAAUAAGCUGAUCGACGAUGAAAAGAAGCAGCGCUUUCGACGUGAUGCGGGAAUUUACAUAUUUGCGAGCGACCGAUCGUUCGCGUGCCAUCGUACUGCAUUCCGUGUGCGUGCAUCUCCAGUUAUAUUUAAUCCAUGAUUGAUGAUCAUGAAAUCACUGGAGAUUUGGAAGUCGCCGUGUAUCAAAAACCGAUUUCGGGUCUAUUUCACCCAUCUUGGAUGAACGAUCAGUUGAUUCGAAGCAAACGAAACGAGCAGCUCGAAGAAGAGACGAUUCCUACGAGACACGCGAAACAUCGGAAGCGACGUCGCUGUAGGAAUCGAUCGACGUGUCUUCGAAAUACAUCUGCGAUCAGGCUGUCUUUUCUGUGGGACAAUGGCACGGCGCCAAUAGACCAAACAUCUAAAGAGACAAAAGAAGAUCCUGAUGAAAACAACACGCUUAUAGAGGUCGACGAAGAAUCACGCAACGAUGGUGUGCAGGAAUCGUACAAUAGAACCAAAGGGGAGGAUUACGAUGUAACCGAUAUCGACGAAGAGAAAGGUAGAAUCGAUUCAGCGGAAAAAAGUUUUAUCAUGACAGAGAGAAACGAUCUUAACGAACGAUCUAUUUCUACUGAAAUUCAGUUAGAAAGUCAAAACCAAUCUUUCGAAAAAAAAGAUCGAACCAAAAAUGAUGAAUUCUUCGAGAAUAUAGAUUACACGGACGAAAUGAAUUCUUCCUCCACUUACCCGGCCAUCGACGAUCAAGUUAUGUUCCACGAUAGCCUAAGCGUUAUCGUGAGCAAAUUAUUUCAAAAUCUGCGAAACGUUAGUGCAGCGGACGGACAGAAAAUAUUCAAGGAGCUGGAUUUUGUGAACGGCACGAACGAAGAUCCUUGUCAGAAGUGGCUAGACAGCAAGGAUAAGCUCGAGCAAGUCUUCUUAGGUGGUCUAGCGUCGUUACCCGCCUGUCCGUGCCUAUACCCGAACAAUAUCUUUUACGAAGACAAAAUUUGGGAUCAGAAGCGAAUGAAGUAUUUCAGGUGGAGAGACGUUAGUGGUAGCUCUCAAAGACUCGAUGUCUAUAAGCCUGGAGCCACUUACUGCGUGCGCUCGUUUUUGACGCAAGGAAGCGGAAGCGCCGCAGCUCAACACUGUUGCUAUGACCAUCAGAGGAAGCUCUUGACCCGUGGUUCCGGUGCUGGUACUCCAUACUUUGUCAGUCCUGAGAUAUCACCUAUACUGCACGAGAGAAUUGACGUGCUGCCUUGGAGGCUUUGCAAGGGUGACUUUUCCAGAUACAACGGAGUAAGACCACCAAACAAUGACAACGCGUGUGAGGCGAAUCCUGAUGACGAGGAAUAUCAACGACAAAUCGAUGACACCAAGCAUUAUUAAACUGCUAUCCUUUAGGAUGCAAUAUCUAUGAUACAAGAUACCUGAAACAAGUUCCAAUGAGAUUGUAUUUCCGUUGAGUUACUUUAAUGCGCGUAAAGAAUGUAUCUAUAGUGAAAUACACGUAUAGUGAAUAUAGUGAAUACAA